AUGAUGAUCCUCGUGGACCAGCUCAAGUACGCGGCCGCGGGAGGCAUCGGCGCGUGCAUCUCGCACAGCGGCGCGGUGCCGCUCGACGUCGUGAAGACGCGCGUGCAGCUGAAUCCGAAAAAAUAUUCGGGCACGUUCUUCGAGAACGGCGCGACGCUCGUGAGAGAGGAAGGGCCCGGGGUUUUGCUGCAAGGUUUAGGGUCCACGGCGUUAGGGUACUUUCUCCACGGCGCGCUCAAGUACGGCGGGUUCGAGUCGUUGAAGUUCACGAUGUACAAGGGGGGCUACGAGGACCUCACGGCGUUCGCGAGCGAUCAUCGACUCUUCUCGCUCAUCGUCGCCGCCGCGGUCGCGGAGUUCGUCGCCACGCUCGCGCUGUGCCCGCUGGAACAGACGCGGAUCAAGAUGACGAAGGAUAAGGACUACGCGGACGGCACCGUCGGCGCGCUGAAGCGGUUGUUCCGAGAGGACGGCGUCGCCGGCGUCGCGGACUCUCUGCCCGCCAUCUACUGCAAGACCAUCCCGUUCACGAUGUUUCAGCUUCCGGUGUACGACGUCGUGUCGAAGAGUCUGAGAGAGUCCGCGCGAGGGUUGGUGGGGGUCGUGGACGUGCCGCCGAUCGCGAUUCAGCUGAGCGCGUCGCUCGCCGCGGCGUUGAUCGCGUCGUUGGCGUCGCAGCCGGGGGACACGAUCAUAACGGAAGAGAACGGCGGCGCGACGGCGGAGGUCGCGUCCGCGGCGGGUCACCCCGGCGAACGACGCGAACGACGACGACGACGACGACGACGCGGAUUGAUCGAAGUCGCCGCCGAGCUCGGCCCCUCCGGGUUGUUCGUGGGGUGGAGGGAACGGCUCGCGCACGUCGCGUCGCUCGUCGUGAUCCAGCUGCCCGCGUACGAUAACAUAAAGCAGGUCAUUCUGCACAUAGACUUCGGGUCGAAGAUGUGAUGAGGGCGCGUCAUAGCGUUUUGACGAUAGCAGAGUUGAGAGGCG